AAGCAGUGGAAACAAUUGCAUAUCUGCGCACGUUUUACAACACUGCGUUGCGCCGCAGUAGAAUUAAUUUUUUCCUGCAAGAUGAUGGACCUGCAGUCCAACGACGACAUUGAUUUAGAGGAUGGCGAACUGUCAGCGAGCAAUGACGAAGAUAUUUAUACGCCGCUCCAGCGACCGGCACCGGCAACGGCAACGCCUGCCACAAGCAGCACACCUGCUGCAAUGGACGCAGCGGAUAGCAGCGUUGCCAGCCCCUUGGCCACAUGCCAUCAGAUCCAGAGCGCCCUGGACGAUGAGUCGCAGUCGAACAGUGAGUCCUCUAGUGGCGAAUCGUCCGAGGAGGGCUGCAUCAAGAAGCUGCGCACCGAGAAUCCCUCAACGGUUGGUCAUAAGAAGCGCAAGAGGCGCAUUCGACGCACCGUUAUGGUCCGUGUGCCGCCGCCCACAGAUGCAGAACCGAAUCGGGCACGUUUCAAGAAAUACAACGUUUGGACGGCUGCACUGCAGGAGGAGGCGCUCAGCGAGAAUAUGCGUGGUUGCGAUGUGACGCGCAGCAGCAGCGAUCGCAAUGUUGAGAACUAUGAUUUCCCGCUAAAAUACCGUGUCAAUGGUGAGAAUACGCUCAAGCGUCGCCUCUCCAACUCAUCCGAGGAGGAGGAGACGCGCUCCCAUCCGGCCCAUAAGCGUGGUCGGCCAUCCACGCGCCCCGCGCUGGACAGCUGCCAGCGGGAGGAGAGGCAAUCGGUGAAGCAACGAAUUGGACAACGUUCGCGCUCGCGUCGUGGCCAUUCCUCCACCAGUGGCGGCUCCUCGGAUAAUUCGGGUGAGCCGCGGCACAUACUCGAUUUGCAGGAGACGGCCGGACGCGAUCCAAGCGAUGUGGCCAGAGAAAUGGCCAACAAACUGUACGAGGACAAAGACGAACUUUUGGUGCGAGUUGUUAAGGUGCUUGGCAUAGAUGUGCCCCUGGAGCUAUAUAAGGAAACACAGCGCAUCGAGGCAGAUGGCGGCAUGAUGAUCAAAAAUGGCAGACGUCGUCGCACACCUGGCGGUGUAUUUCUGUUUCUGUUGAAGCAUCACGAUAAAAUAACGCCAGCGCAUCAAAAAUUGAUAUUCGCCGAUGAUCGCCAGAAUGAGAACAAAUCCCGUAAACAGAUCGAGACACUGAUACGAGAUCGUAAGGUUGAGGAGCUGAAGAAAUGUUUGAGCGAAAAGAGCACCGAAUUGCCUUCAUUAAAUGCACGCAAGGAACACUAUUUGCAAGGCGCUGAAUCCAUUGCACAGAUUCAGCCAGGCAAUUUGUCCAAUCCGCCGCCUUCGCCAGUUGGCCAGGAGCAGAGCAGUCCCGAGUAUAAGACCCAUGAGAUCAAUAUUAAUCUGGUGGAUAGCGCUGAUCUGCCCUCCACUUCGAAAGCUGCUUUGACGGCGGCGGGCCUUAAGGAGCUGGUCAGCUAUGAUGAUGAUAUUCUGGAUGUUAAUUACGGCAAAAUGGACUUUUUCUAAGCUAAACGAAAAAAAUAUGAUAAAUGGACGCAAAGCGUUCUCUCUUGCACUCGGGCCAUUUGUUUAUAUUGCUAAAUAUAUAUAUAUAGUUAUAUAUGUAUAUAUAUAUAUAUAUUUGUGGCGAUAAUUUUUACAUCAAGCUAGCUAGACCCAUAUUUGUACAUCUAAAUAAAUGCAUAGUGUUUAAGGUUUUUAGUAAGGUUUAAAUUUUGAAUAUAAAUGUACACAACAAUUGCGAUA